GAUCCGGAUGCCAGCCAGAGGAAGGUGUUUGAGGGUUCUGUUCGUGGUUUGGUCCGUGACGUUCUCACUGGAGGAAACUGUCUCGUGUUCACAUACGGAGUCACCAACGCUGGAAAAACCUUCACCUUCCUGGGUCCGGACCAUGACUCAGGUCUGUUGCCCCGGUCUCUGUCAGUGAUCUUUAACAGUAUCGAGGGUCGUCUGUACAGUCGGUCCGAUCUGAAGCCGCAGCGCUGCAGAGACUUCAGCAGACUGACUCCAGACCAGCAGGCAGCCGAGUCCAGCAGCAAGAGGAACCUGAUGAGGCUGUUGAAAGAGAGCGACAAGAGUCAGACGUCUGGAAGAUCAACUUUUCUUGACGGCUCGUCUGUCAGCACUGACAGCAGCGUGAACAGCAUCUCUGAGGCCGACAGUUUCUGUCUGGACGUGGAAUCAAACGUCCGGUUCUCUGUCUGGGUUUCAUUCUGUGAGAUUUACAACGACAACAUCCAUGACCUGCUGGAACAGGUUCCCAGUGGACACCACAGGAGGACGGUGCUUCGUCUUUCUCAGGACGUCAAAGGAAACUCCUUCAUCAAAGACCUGCGGUGGGUCCAGGUGAACAGCUCUGACGAGGCCUACAGAGUGAUGAAGAUCGGGAAGAAGAACCAGAGUUUCUCCUCCACCAGACUGAACCAUCUGUCCAGCAGGAGCCACAGCAUCUUCUCCAUCAGGAUCCUCCGAGUGGACGACGUCGGAGUUCCCAGAGUCCUCGGCAUCAGCGAGUUGUCUCUGUGCGACCUGGCCGGAUCCGAGCGCUGCUCACGAACCCGCAACACCGGGGAGCGACUGAAGGAGGCGGGAAACAUCAACAGCUCUCUGCUGACGCUCGGGAAGUGCAUCAACGCCAUGAGGCUCAACCAGCACACCAAGGUCCAGAACCACGUCCCCUUCAGGGAGUCCAAGCUCACACACUUCCUGCAGUUCUUCUUCUGUGGUGGCGGCCGGGUCUCCAUGGUGGUCAACAUCAACAAGAACUCGUCCUGCUUUGACGAGACGCUCAACGUCCUCAAGUUCUCCGCCCUCGCCCAGAAGUUGGUGGUGGUGAACUCGAGGCCGGUGGUCCCAGACGACGUCCCCCGCAAUUCGGCCAUGGAGCUGUCACUGAUCAUCGAGGAUGCCGACCGCCGCAGAAACGUGUCGGGGCGAGGCAGGAAGAGCUCCCUGGUCGCCUGGGAGACGACCCUGGAGGACGUGCUGGAGGAUGAGGACGGCGAGAGGAGGAGGAGGAGGAGGAUGAAGAGGAGGGAGGAGGAGGAGAGUGCGAUGGAAGGAACAGUGCUGGAGGCAGGAGGUGAGGAGGAGGAAGAAGAAGAGGAGGAGGAGGAAGGUGACCGGACCAUGGAGGUAGAAGAGAAGUCAGACAGAGAGGCGGCGCUGCGUUUGGUCCUGGAGGCUCAGAUCAGAGAGGAAGUCAGCACUGAGUUCAUGGAGCUCUACAACAAGAUGGAGAAAGACUACAGUGAGCGUCUGGAGAAGGAGAGGGAGAUCCUGGAGGAGCGAGCUGAGAAGAGAGUGGAGAUCCUGAAGAACCUCGUCAGUAAGACGGUCGACCUGUCUACUGUCAGCACCGAGCACAAGGAGGAGCAGGCCGAUCUGUUGGAGAUGUUCAGCUCAGUGACUGAAGAUCUGGAGAAGAUCAGAGAGGACGCUCAGAGUGUUCACCGCUGUCUGACCGAACACACACACACUAGUCUGAAGCAGCAGCAACACAAGUUAUCAGAGCUGAUGGAGAUCAAUCAGCAGAAAGACGACGUCAUCAAACUACUGCAGACAGCCGCGGACGCCACCGCGGACGUAAACACACUUACUUUAGACGUUAAUAGGGCUCUGGUGGAGCUUCAGCAGACCUGCAGCUGUCUGAGGAGGACCGGAGGAGAGGAGGAGAACAGGAAACGUCAGUGUGAAGCUCUGGAGGAGGAAGAGGAGAGAGGACCAGCGAAGAAGAGAGUUCUGGAGGAGGAGAUCUGGAGGUUGCAGGAGGAAAACGACAAGAAGGAGGAAACCAUCGCGGAGCUUAGAGAGAGCGAGGAGAGGAAGAGAGGCCUGGAGGAGGAGCUGAGGAGACGGGAGGAGGAGGUGGAGGCACUGAAGAAGGAGCAGGUUGUUCUGGAGCAGAAGGUGGAGGAGCUGAAAGAUCUGGACGAGUGUCCAAACUGUGCGUCUGUGUUCUGGUCUCUGGAGGCGGAGCAGAGAGAAACAUCCAGACUGGUGAAGGAGAACAAAGCUCUGGUUAACGGCAUCUUCCAGCUGCAGACGGAGGUGACCAGUCACCAGACCAAACUCAAGGAGCAGACUCACCGGUCUGACAGCCUAUCACAGCAGCUAGACACUGCAAAGACCCGCCUCCAGGACCUGGAGAGCCAAUCAGAGGAGAAGGCCAACAGCAUCAACAGUCUGACACAGGAAGUGGAGCGUCUGACACAGGACGUCAAGGAGGAGGAGGGGCAGAGCAGCAGCAACAGCGCCGUUUUCCACGCCGCCAUGGAGGAGCUGAAGAAGGAGAGCCAGGCAGCGCUGGAGAGAUCCUCUCAGAAAUCCCAACAGAUCCAAGAUCUGCAGAGAGAAAAAAAACUGCUGGAGGAAUCUCUGACACACAGUGAAAACAGGUGUGUUGAACUCACUGAGGAGUUAGCCAAUCAGAAAGCAGAAUUCACCCGUCGGCUCCAGAGCCUGAGGGAGGAGCUUGAGUCUGAGGGCGGAGCUCUGCGAGGGAGACUGGAGGAGAUGGAGAGAUCAGAGGAGGAAAGGAGGAGGAAUCAGGAGAAGGAGAAGGAAGAGCUGCAUCGAGUCGUGUCAGAAAAGGAGAAACUUGUAGAAGAAUGUCACAGUGAGACGGAGACUCUGAGAAAAGAGCUGGAGCGUCUGAGAGAAGACCUGCAGAGGAGGGAGGAGGAGGAGGAGGAGAAGGAGAACAGAGAGGUGGAGGUGCCGGUGGUGGAGGAGCUGAAGGAGGUGAUCCAGAGACUCCAGGAGAGGAGAGGGAGGCAGCAGCAGCAGGAGGAGGAGGAGGAGGGGAGGAGCAGGGAGUUUGAGGCUGUGAGAAAAGAGAUGGAGAGACUACAGAGUGUGAAGGAGGGAAACACACAGAGGUGUGGUGUUCGUGUCCCUCUUCCAGAGCAGGAAGUUCAAGUGUCUCCUCUAAGGUCCAACAUGGCCGACAGGAAGAAAACCCCAAAAACCACAGGGAGGAAGAGGAAGAGCUGCGAGGUGCAGGACCUGGUGUUCAGUGAGAACAAGAGAAACAAAGUGAGAGGAAACUGUCGAAACAAACAGUCUUCUGCGGUGAAGGAGAAGAGAGACGGGACUCUUCAGAAGAUUGGAGAGUUGAUCCAGAGCUCUCCCUCCAUCCUGGGCAGCAAAGCUAAAACCAUCAUCGGCCUGGUCAGUGGACAUUCAGUGGACAAGGAGACGGUUACCACGGCAACCAAACCAAAACGAGGACGGAGGAAGCUUUAUAAGACGGCCGCCUCGUCUCCACUGAUCGACUCCCCGAGCAUGAUGGCAGGAGGAGCAAAGGAGGAGAAGGAGAGUGAUCACCUGAUCAUUAAGAGACAGCUGCGCUCCAAGACAUGCAGGAAGUGACAUCAUCAUGUGACAACACUACGCUGGUCUGCAGGCGGUUUUAAAAUAGUGAAAUCUGUCUAACUGAAGAGUUUGGUUUUAAAUAUCUGUACAGUUCUUUUUAUUUUGUUUUACUGCCAAAGAGCAGAGAGAAGAGGACGACGA